CCCUAAUAUAUAAGAAGAAGAGCACUACCUCACUCACUGUCGUCUUUGUGAGCUUCUUCAUAUUUCGGCCUCUAAUCUACUCAACAUUCAACAUCAUGGCGCCAAAGAAGGAUAAGGUUCCGCCGCCGUCAUCGAAGCCGGCCAAAUCCGGAGGUGGAAAACAGAAGAAGAAGAAGUGGAGCAAGGGAAAGCAAAAGGAGAAGGUGAACAACAUGGUGUUGUUUGAUCAGGCUACUUACGACAAGCUUCUCACUGAAGCUCCCAAGUUCAAGCUCAUCACCCCUUCCAUUCUCUCCGACCGUAUGAGGAUCAACGGGUCUCUAGCAAGGAAGGCCAUCAGGGAGUUAAUGGCAAAAGGUGUGAUCAGGAUGGUCGCUGCUCACUCUAGCCAGCAGAUCUACACUCGUGCCACCAACACCUAAACAAAUUUGCUUUUGUCAAUGGUUUGAUACUUCUUUUGGCUCCUUUGUACUCGAGAAACUCUUUUAGAAUGCUUUUUGGAUGUUUUGUCUACUUAAUUUUGAACCAUUUUCUAUUUUUGCUCUCAGUAGUCUUAUCAUAAUUUCAUUCAGAUAUUCAAGUCA